GGCAUUGUGGGGGUUCCUUUGUUAUGGCUCGGGCUCAGUGGAAGCGGUGCUGAGGGUGAAAGGGGCGCUGCAUUGAGGACUAGGGAAGGCCAUUCACAUUGUUGCCCAGCUCUCAUUGCCCUUCGACUGAGUGACUCUGUCCAGACCAUUUCUCAGAGCAGUUAACCUCUCGACAACGCUGCUGUGGAUCUGCAUUAUCAUAUAGGCCGGACCAGGGUUUUGAAAGGGGCCACUUGCAGAUGAGAAACUCGGAUCAAAUAUCACAUUAAGACUUGACAGUCACUUACUCUGCGACUUGGACGUCAUUGACCUUUGAGCUGAAAAGAAAACAUUUGUGAACCAGUUGCACAGCCUGAAAACCAACACUUUGCCCACUCACAGCGGAGAGACACUGCUGUUUCUAUAAAUGUGUUCUGUAUGAGGACAAGGGUUCAGCUGAUUCAUACACACUCCUCUCACAGCUAACCAUUCACAAAGAUACCAGCACAAUGGAGAAACCAUGGAAAUGUGGUGACUGUGGAAAGGAAUUCCGUUUUGCAUCCCAGCUGGAAACUCAUCAACGCAGUCACACCGGGGAGAGACCAUUCCCCUGCUCAGAGUGUGGGAAAGGAUUUAUCAAUUCGUCCUCUCUCCUGAGACACCAGCGGGUUCACGAUGUGGAAAAGCGCUUUACUUGCACCGUGUGUGGAAAGGGGUUUAAUCGAUCAUCCAACCUUCUCACGCACCAGCGCAUUCACACAGGGGAGCGGCCGUUCACCUGCUCGGAGUGUGGGAAGGGAUUCACCAGUUCAUCCCAUCUUCUGAAACACCAACGUGGUCACACCGGGAGGAAGCCAUUCACCUGCUCCCAGUGUGGGAAGGGAUUCACUAACUCCACUGACCUUCUGACACACCAGCGAGUUCACACCGGGGAGCGGCCAUUCACCUGCUCAGAGUGUGGGAAAGGAUUCACUCAAUUGCAAAACCUAAUGAGACACCACCGAGUUCACACGGGAGAGAAGCCGUUCAUUUGCUUUGUGUGUUGGAAGCGAUUCGCUGAAUCACAGCAUCUAAGGAGACACCAGCAAGUUCACAAGUGACUUUCAUGGUCGCAUUCUGCUAUUAUUCACAUCCACAAUUGAAAAUUCUCAUAUCUGGAGUUUAUUUUUGCUGCAGUUCAACUCCAACCUGUUGUAGAGUUACUGAUAUUCAUAAUGUUUGUUCUUUGUGACUAAUUGAUCAGCCAGGGUCUAAUUGAAUGGCAGAGCCUGGCCAAGGGGUUGAAUGGCCUACUCCAACUCCAAUGUAUCUCAGCCAUCUCAUUCUCUUUUAGUUUGCUGAAAUACUGGUUUAUGGAGUUGUUCUUCCCAUUCUUCCAUGAGUUUCCAUCCAUUAGUAUUGUUUGAGUCCAGGUUUCCUAGGAAUCGGAACUUGGCAUUUGGUUCCUAGAGAUGACUCUGUUCAUUUGAGGUUAUGGCUGAUCUGCAACUGAAUGUCAUUUAUCUGUGUACUAUUUUAAUGCUGGCUUCCCCAAUCUGUUACAAGCUAUUUUACAAUGAGUUUUGUUUAUAUCCCACCUUCAGUUAGGAAAGUUUCCCAAGGUGCAACUCGGAAGCAUUCACUGUCAAAUUUGACUAAAAUCUAUCUUACCUAAUCAAUCUAUUCAGAUAUUAUUACAGAUUGCAGGAGCAGGUAGAAUUUUAACCCAGGCCUCUGGUUCAGAGGUAGGGACACUACCACCUCUCCAAAAGAGCCCUAUCUUCUGACAAAAAUAUUGACAAGAGUCGAAGAAAGGGAGAUUGGGAGGUAAAAUGCUUUGAUAAUGGCUUGGGUUUUUAAGACAAAGGAGGAGAGUUACAGACUAUCUGAGAGGGAUAGUGAGGAUGUUAGGUUUGAUGACUAAAGGCCCAGGCUGUGUGACAGAGAGAGAGAGAGAGUGUGUGAGGGAGGGAUGUGUCAGAGGCUAGAUUUGAGGAAUGCAGAGCUCUCAUGCGUUGUCCGGAUGGAGGUUACAGAUAUUGGCAGGUGUGAGCAAUGGAAGGGAUUUGAAGAUAAGAUAUGAACAUACAAAUGGAGGCAUUUGUGGAGCUGGAGUCAUUGCAGGUCCAGUGAGCACAGUGUAAGGGAUAAGUGUAAUAAGGGGAUGGUCAGGGAAAUGUGCAUCAGAAUUUGGAUAGGCUGAAGCUUCAGCAGGGGAAGACAGUCAGAGAACUAGAAUAGAUGAGCAGAAGGGCAACACAAUCACAUGAGCCUGAGAGAGGUGCUGAGGGAAUAACAGGUACUCACUAUACAUACAGAACCUAAUGUCAUGUGUUUGGCAGCUUUUUCACUCAGAGGAUGGUACGUGUAUGGAAUGAGCUGCCAGAGAAAGUGGUGGAGGCUGGUAUAAUUGCAACAUUUAAGAGGCAUUUGGAUGAUUUUAUGAAUAGGAAGGGUUUGGAGGGAUAUGGGCCGUGUGCUGGCAGGUGGGACUAGAUUGGGUUGGACCGAAGGGUCUGUUUCCAUGCUGUACAGCUCUAUGACUCUAAGUCAUCAAUCGCUCCUUGAAGGAGAAUCCAAGGUAAUGGCGGUGAGGGAUCCAGUGCUGAAAAUUGUGAUAAACUAAAGAGAAGACCAGGUAGAACUGAGGGAAAUUAUAAUCAAAGCACUGAUGGAAGGGACACAAUACUUUGAGGUAAGACUCGAGGUUGUGAAAAUGGUGAUGAGAUAGAAAUAAAAGCUCUGCAUCUGAAGGCAAGUAGUAUUCAUUGCACAAUGUAUUAAUUAACAGCUCAAAUCUGAAUAAAUAUGUAUGAUAUGAUAGCAUUACAAAGACACAGCUCCAAGAUAACAAAUUUAGAUAACAUGGGACCUGAAUAUUGAAGAGUACAUGCACUGCUGAUGGACAGAAUGUUGGAAAAGGUGAAUGAGCAGCUUUGCUUAGAAUGACUUUUCUACAAUAGAUAGUCAUAACUUUAGUUCUAAUGGUGAAGGUCUAAAAUCGGUUUUGGUAGAGAUAAGAAAUUCUAAAGUCAAGAAAUAAUUUGUGGGAGACCGUUUUGGACCACCUAACAAUAGGAUGGGUAUAUGGGAGGAAAUGGGGGCUUGAGAGAGAUCAGCAGUAAUCACUAAUUUCAAUGUGUGUAUUGGUCGGAUGAAUGAGAUUGGCAAAGGUAACUGGGAGUACGAAUUCAGAGAGUAUUUCUGGGAGAGUUUCCUGGAGCAGCACAUUCUCAAGCCAGAUGGAGGAAAGACUACACAAGAUGUGGUAAUGUGCCACAUAAGGUUUAAUUAAGAAUGUAAUUGUAAAUUGCCUUUAGAUAUCAUAACAUGAGAGUUUGAGAGGGAAGAGUAGGCCCUAAAUUAGUUUUAAAUGAUAUUAAGGGCAGUUAUGAAGUACAGUACUAGCUAAAGUCAACUGGAAAAGUAGGUUGAGGAAUAGGUCAGUAGAGAUCAAUGGCAUAUAUUUGAGGAGAUAUUUCCUUUCACUUACUAAAGAUGCAGGUCAUUGUGAAAGAAAGUGCAUCCUCCACCUAGAGACAAGAAAACCAAAGAGUAUCAAUUUGAAAGAAAAAAGUGCACAACUCUGUGAAGAUUAGUGACAGGCCAGAAGAUUGGGCAGAGUCCAAAAACUACAAAGAAUGACUAAAGAAUAGUGACGAUGGUGAAGUAAGACCAUAAAACGAGUUGUAAAUAUUUUAGAGAAGUGCUUCUGUAAAUAUUUUAAAUCAGAAAAGAUUAAAGAAAUACUUGUAGAGAGUGUGACUGAGACAUUUGAAAUGGAAAGCAAGGAAAUGGGAGAUGAUUUGUACAGAUAUUUUGUCUGUCACCACAGCAGUGGAUACAAAUAACCAGAAAGUCCCAUAAAUAUUUGUAAGUCAGGUGAAGGGAAGGAGAAACAUAAUCACCAGGAAUGUUUACUGGGAGAACUAUUAUAACUAAAAGCCAAUAAGUCACUGGGUCCUAGGGUGUAGCUUUGCUCACUGAGCUGUAGGUUUGAUAUCCAGACAUUUCAUUACCUGGCUAGGUAACAUCAUCAGUGGCGACCUCCAAGUGAAGCCUGGGUCCUGUUGGACUGCAUCCUAGGUUCAUAUAUGAAGUGGUUGUUGGGAUAAUUGAUGUUUCAAAAUGCUGUAGAUUCAGGAAUGGUUUAAUUAGAUUGGAAAAUAGCCAAUGUAAGUGCUCAAUUUCAAGAAGAGAGACAAAGUAGGAAUUACAUGUUAGUUUAACAUCCAUCAUAGGGGAAAUACUGGAGUCUUUUAAGGUAGUUUUUGCAAGGCACUUACAAAAUCUCAUAGUGAUCAGGCAGAGUCAGCAUGGUUUUGUGAAAGUGCGAUCAUGUCUGACACAUUAAUUCAAUUUCUUGAAGUAAUACACCAUUUGAAAAGUGGCAAUCUGUGCUACGAUUAGACUCACGGAAAGAAGCGGCUUGAAUCUUAUUGAAACAUACAAGAUCCUGGGGAGAUUUAACAACGUCGAUCAUAAGAUGUUUCCCAUAGGGGAGACACUAGUAAAGAGACUAGUGAAAUAUGUCACAGUUUAAAGAUAAAGGCACUCUCAUGUAAGAUGAAGGUGAGGGGACUUUCUAUGAGAUUUGAGAGUUUUUGGAUCUUUCUUUCCCCAGAGCAGCAGGGACUCAGCCUUUGAACAUUUGUAAGGCAGAGUGAGAUAGAUUUUUGAAAAAUAUAAGUCAGAGGGUAGGCAGGAAAGUAGAGUUGAAGCCACUCGAGAGUCGAAAGGUGUGUGUGGUGAAGCCAGUCAGAUCAGCCAAUGGUCUUAUUAAAUGGUGGAGCAGGUUUGAGGGGCUGAGUGGCCUACCUUGCUCCUGUUAGUGAGGUGGAAGUCAAGUGAGGUCAGCCCCCAGUGGCUGAUGGUAAACGGGGUGUUGGUGGAUCUUAUAGUUGACUUGGAGCUCAGCACGUGGAGGGAUUCUGUCCCACACCUACACAGGGUGUCUCUUUGCCAGGUGGCCCAUUCAGUCCACAGCAACCCUCCAGAGAGCAUCUCACCCAGACCCUGUAUUUCAUAGCCUUUGGGAAGAAACUGGACCACCCAGGGGAAACCCAUACAGACAGUGUGCGAACUCUGUAAAGACAGUCACCCGUGGCUGGAAUUGAACCCAGGUCCCUGGUGCUGCAAAGCAGCAGUGCUAACUCCCUGUGGCUAGGAUUCAAGUUGUUUGUGUGUGUAAAAGCUAUAUCUUAAUGUUUCUGUAUUCUUGAUUUGUGGAAUGAAAUGUUAAAAGGUCUCUGUUAAAAACCAGAAGGAUUACUGAACUUUUUUUAAAAGCAAGGAACCUUACCCUCAUUGUAAAUGUUAUUUACACACAGUUUGUGAGAAGAUUUGUAGCUCAGGUGCUCGUUGUUGUGGUUCUGUUCGCCGAGCUGGGAAUUUGUGUUGCAGACAUUUCGUCCCCUAUCUAGGUGACAUCCUCAGUGCUUGCGAGCCUCCUGUGAAACGCUUCUGUGAUGUUUCCUCUGGCAUUUAUAGUGGUUUGAAUCUGCCGUUUCCUGUUGUCAGUUCCAGCUGUCCGCUGCAGUGGCCAGUAUAUUGGGUCCAGGUUGAUGUGCUUAUUGAUUAAUUGAAUCUGUCAAUCAAUCAUCUAUAAAUGCUGGAGGAAACAUCACAGAAGCGCUUCACAGGAGGCUCCCAAGCACUGAGGAUGUCACCUAGACAGGGGACGAAAUGUCUGCAACACAAAUUCCCAGUUAUUUAUGCAGUUGUCUAUGCAAGUAAUUCAAAGCCUAGGUAUUGACAAGCUGGAACUGGGGGGAGAGAGGGGUGCCAAUGUGCACAUGGAGCUUUGGCUGGCAAUGAGUCGCUGAUUGACCUGUGGACUAAUGACCAAUUAUCAAUGACAAAGGACUCCUGCCUACAAAUAAUUAUCUGAUUGGCUCCAGGUAGCUGAAGAACUUGGGGAAAGAAAUGUUUGGGUAGAGGCCAUCAGACCUUCAGAAGGGAAGGAGCAGUUUUGUUCUACAGUUAAAAAGCAUCUCGACCCUGGAGAGAGCUAGCUGAUUUCUCCUCAUCAGUCGCUGUAAGCUGGGACUUUUAAUUAAUAACUGCGAGACCUUUUUACGUGUGAACCAGUCAACCUGUACCUCCUGCAAACACCAAGUGAAAGUAUCAGGAGAGUGAAGAUUGAGAAGCAGCAUUCUGAUCAACAAAAAGGAUUAUCUCAACAAACCCUGAUGGAGAGGGACCAUUGAUCUGCCUUACCGGUCUUUCCCUUCACACCUAAACACCCAUGGUUUCUUUCUCUUGUCUGUCUGUGUAUGUACACAGGAAUUUAUAAGAGGGUUAAGAGUUUUUACUAGUAGAGGUCUAUGGCUUUAUAAUUGUGUAUCUGUAGUUAGAAUCUACUUAACUUGUAAUAAAUAAAAAUUCUUGUCAAGUA